AUGGCGACGAUGCUGCCGAGCACCUCAACGAUCGGGACAUUUUUCGCUGUGUGCGUGAUCUUGUUGCCGUCGCUUGUAGUAUCUAAAAGAUGCGACAAGCAGAUCGAUAGUUUUGUGCGGAGCAACUGCAUGGAAUGUUCGGUAAAUGCCUUUUUUCAACGUCCCUGUCCGUCCGGUUAUCAGCAAGUUACCAGCGGUGAAGGCGAACAGAGCUGUUCUUAUUCCGUUUUUUUUGGAUUUAACUUCGGCUCCAUGCGUGUCCCUGGAUGUCAGCAUAAUUGCUCAAGGAAGAUUACACAGAAAGAAUGUUGUGCCGGCUUUUGGGGACAGGACUGCCAAGGUAUUUAAAUCGCAAAUGCAUUAACUCACCCUUGAAUGAGCACAUUACGACUAAAUCCCAGGGGAAACUCGACAUGCUUUACUCCCCUGGAAAACCCAACUAAGAAAGAUAAACAUUUCAAUUGACAAACAGUUUACUUUUUUACUGAGCUUCGCAGGACAUAUUCGUCUCACUGCCAAAUAUAUAUUGGUUCAAUUGAUAAUUUCACCACGAGUUUUAGCUGCUCAUUGAAAUUUAGCUGCAGCAAUUUUGGUAUUUUCAAUUGCGUGAAUUUGGCGCCACGGACUUUUAAGUCAUCAUGUUACAAAAUUUCGCGGGAAUAUGUUGAAAGGUUUUGUAAGCCAUGUACUCUUUGACAUAAUGAUUGGAUUAUUAUAAAGCGCUUUUAAAGCCAAUAUGACAAUAGAGUGGUUAAAGCUGACGAAUCGAAAUGGAAUCAACUUUAUAAAUGGGGAGAAACUCGUCCACGUUCGUUUCUACCUGUGACUGAUUGUUUCGUGAUGGUUUACAUUAAGAUUUGUUACAAUUGUAAGUCACAAAGGUGCACUUUACCCGUGUAUUUAGCAUAACAAAUCAGCUUACAAGCAGAUGAAAAGCCUUAGAAAAAAUUAUCUUAAAGCUUCCAAUCGCACAUCAAUACAGCUCGCUCGUCCACGUUUAAUAAAUUUUUAAAAUGUUGUAAGUGAAAAUUAUCUCAAUUAAUGCAUGUCUACUUUUGUAAGAUCUUACAAUGGUGAUGCAGCGCAUUUUCCAAAGUCCAGUUCAUCUAAUAUUGAAGUACUGUAUCGUACCUUGUUUCGAUAUGCAAUAUCCAGCAUCCUAAUUCAACCGCUCACGUUUACAAAAUAAUAGUCUUAGGUUAAAUCUCAAAUUUUCAUACAGUAUAUUUUUAAUGUAAUUCGAAGAUUCAAAAGGCGUAAUUAAUUAGCGCUGUUUAAAUUUUGAGCCAAAAGAAGACAAAAAUACUCUCAGCGGGGGCGAAAGGGAGGUGCUAGAGAUAAACUUACGUCAAGAACUUAAUUGCUAUGCCAUAAUUGUUCUUUCUUGCCGGCAGUAAAUAGGUUUAUAGUCUUGGAGAACUCAUAGCAUGGGUAUUGUGUAUUUAUGUAACUUUUUGCCCUGGCUAGCAUGUUGAUGUUCGGUGCGGUCGACUCAAUUUUUCUGUGUCGUUAUUUAUAGAAAGUUAAUUUUUUUUCCAGAGUUAUAGACCUUGAUUGCUUAUCAUUCUGGAUUGCGAUGCUGUAAUACUACCACAUAAAUAAGAGCAAAAUUAAAGGAAUAUUUAUAUUGUGGAAGUAAAGUUAAACAUUCCUAUUCAAACAAACUGAUAUGCUGUAAUGUCAUUUCACAAAAAUUCUUAAAGUAAUAGAUAUCAGGAUUUGAAUGAAAAUAUUGUCAGAUGUAUGGAUCUAGCCAAAAAAUUCCCAUGGAUUGAGUUGGGUAAUUUACUACAAUCUUAUUUUCUUAUUUUUGUUUAGUUGAUCAAUUUACAGCUAAACUUAAAUCUGAUUUUUAUUUACACUCAUUCUCUUGUUGCAGCGCAGUAUAUUUAGCAUGUUUGGCAUCAAUUGAUCAUACUUUGUUAAUGAUAUUUAACAAAUGUGUGUGGGAAACAAAUCUGUAAGUGUUUACAAGGAAACACCUUUAUGAUAAAUUGUCCUCUUUUAAAUAUUACAGUGCAGAAAUCCAAUAUUGUAACCAUAUCAAUUAACCCAGUGAUGAGCUUAAAAAAAAUUUACCAAGGAAUCUUGAUCAACAUUUUAAAUCUUAUGAUCUGAUUGUUAAUUCUCUCCUCUAGUUGCCACACAUUUGCUUAAAAAUUAGUCACUAGAAAUUGGUGUUAGAUCAAGAGAACAACUUCUACCUGAUAAGUUUGAGUAUUCUCGAUAUCUGUAUGCCUGAUAAUGUAUGGAUAUUAUAGGGAGAAGUUACAUGUUAAUCACUUCUGGGAGUUAAAGGGUUAAUAGCACAGAUAAACUUUAUUUAUCAAAAGAGAGAUUUGAUGACCAUAUAAUGUUAAGGAGAAUUUUAUACCCAGCAAUACUAUUAACAAUAAAGCUGCACAAGAUAGCAGCACUGAUACAACUGUUUUGAUACUGAAAUACACCCUCACAAAAAGAAACUGAUGCCUAACGAAUCCCUCACCUUUUGACCCCUGACAGGGAAUUGCAUCUAAUUUCUCCUUACAAUAUCAUCCCUGAAUCACACAUUAUGGUCACAGGAAUGUAGCAUAUGAUCACCAACUAAAGAAGUUCUUGGAUGUUAGACAAAUUCUCCUAUUUUUUAGCACCUUAGGAAAAGUUUAGAGAAAAGUUUGGAGAAUAUGCAUACUGAUGUUAGGGUGUGAAAGGUUUUUAGAUCAUAUCACAAAUUUCUUAGAUUGUUUGUUUUUCUUGGAAUACAAUAUAUUAUCAUAUUUGAAUUUGCUGUUAACAAGUCACCCUUUCUUUUUAAUUUAUGCCGAUGUUUUCCAAUGUCUGUCUAAUCAAACAUCUCAUAUGGAAUGUUUUAGAUUUAUAAAUUAAAAUGAUAUGAUGGAAAAUAACAUUUUAGAGGGACUUUCAGUAUUAAAUGAAACAAACUCUUCGCUUGUUAUUGAUAAUGACCGGUAAAUAUUUGUUAUAUAGUUUCAUUUUCAUAUUGAGUGUAGGCCAGUGCUAAUUAAGGAUCAUGGAAAUAUUCUUGUUUCAGUUUCCCAGUGAAAUAUUGAAUAAAUUUCAAACUUUUUGAGAGGAAUCAAUAAGAUCUGCUGUAUGUUAAUGUUGUUACAGAGGAUAAUGGCUUUAGAAGCUUUUAGUGGGAAAUGGCAACAAAUGUAAAAAAGAACUCAGUAACUCACCUAAAAGCCAUGCAAGGAUUAAUUUAUAAAUCUGAUCAAAAAUUUUUAUGAUCUUUGUAUAUAUUGUUUGACUGUGUAGGUUAUAUUUGCCACUGUACCAGUCAGUAACAUGCUCUGAAUUUGUUAGAUACUCAAAUAUUUUUAAUUGUAAUCCAUUAAGCAAGGACUUUCUUGUCAAACAUUGCAAUGGGUUAUAUCACUUUGAACUGUUGUAUGUCUGAAAAAAUUGUAAAAAUAUACAUAAAAAAAUUAUGUGCUUCUGGUUGGCUGAAAACAAAUACUAUUUUUGUUUGACUCGAGUGCAACAUCAUGGUGCUAAUGCAAAGUUGAAACACAUUGUAGUGCAAAUUACAAAUAGUUCAUGUACUGUCAAAUCUUGUCUCUCUUGACUCUCUGGGAUGCUUCUUUGUUGUAAAUUAUGAUUUAGUAGUAAUAGCAUGGUUUCUCAUGUAAUUUGGUGUAAAAAAAACACUUUUUAAUUCUUCAAAGACUACAAACUGCACUUUACAAACUGCCAUACAGUAAGUUACUAAAACAAGGAAUGACCUUAAGAAAACCCUGAAAUUAUUUUGACUGUUGUCUAAAAUGGCCAGAAAUGAAAAAAUAACCUUCACCAAUAUCUAAGGUAACCAAAACUGACAUUUAAGUCUAGCUAAAAAAGAUCGACAAUAGUAGCUGGUGGUAAUGAUCGAAGGUGUUCUUAGUGAUCUUAAGUAGCAAACAGAAACAGAAACAGAGGAGGUGAGCUCCCAGCUCACACUUUCAUUUCUGUUGUUCUGUUGUUUAUGGCUGGCAAUCACUAUUUUAAAUUGUUUCAGUAAAGUUAAAAUGUCAUGUUACAUCAUUUUAGUCAGUGUAAGACAUCAGUCAAGGUUAUUUUAGGUCAUUUUUGGUAUCACUCAAGGUCAUUUUAGACAUUACUCAAGGUCAUUUUAGUUCAUUUUAGGUCAUUCCUUGUUUUAGUAACUAUGUUGCACUACAGCCUUGUGCAAUGGUUUGUUGUCUUUGAAUAAUUUACAUGUGCUUAUAAACACUUAAAAAAUUGCACUCAAAAUCAUGGUGCAGUUUUACUUAAUAUACAAACUUUACAACUUUUGUCACAAUUGUAAUUCUUGUUUGUUGGUUUGAAUACUAAGCUCACAACUGCAAAGUGAUCCAGCAUUGUUUUGUGAUGUAAUCAAUGUUCUUUUCUUUACAGCAUGUCCUGGUGUACCUGCAUGCAGUGGGCGUGGCUCUUGUAAUGAAACAGUGGGUGGUGAUGGAACAUGCACUUGUCAGGUGAGAUUGCAAAUUAUAAUUAUACUCUUAUUUUAAAAGCAGUUACAGAUCUUUGAGUGAGGCAAUGAAUCUGAGAUAGAUUUGCAUCAAUGAAAAAACAGCUCAAUAUUAUCUAGAAUAGCCUGCUGGCUCAAACUACAAUGAUUGAUGAUUAUUUGCAAAGUAUUGUAGGUAAUUUUAAUUCCAUUCACUAUAUCUAGUACAGUCAAACCUGUAUUAGGCAGUCACCUUUGGGGAAUGGCUUGGUGACCUCUUAAUACAGGUUUCCCCGAAUAUCAUAAGGGUAUUAUAAAAGAAACAAUAAAAACGUCCUUUUAUGCAAAAGUUGACCACUUAAUGUAAAAUAAUUAGCUCAAUGAUACUACCAACAUUGAUUUUGGGAAAUAGAUAUACAUGGAAGAUUUAUUUAGUCUAUGUUUUGUGUGAGUAGUCCUGCUUUAAGAAACCAAUAAAUUCAGGUAGAAGAAAAUACAAACAGGCCAUUGGGACUCAGUGAAAGGUGACCACUACUGCUUGAUGGAGGUGAAAAUUACAGCAAUUAAGGGGUACUAACACUUUAUGGACUUAGAUAACCAAGCGCUUAAUACAGGGUGACUGCUUUAAAUAUGGUGCAGCCUAAUACAGGUUUUACUGUUAGUUCUGAUUCCUUGUAAUUUAUAAUGCCAGCAAAUUGUCAUUGAUUUGUUCUUAUAUAUCCUACUUUCACUUAAGGAUGGUUUUAAGGGAUUUGCAUGUGAGCUGUGUAGGGAUUCAAACAAAUUUGGUAGUUACUGCAAUGAAAGUAAGUAUUACGUGUAUUUACACACUACCUCAGGCCUCAUAUGAGUGCACAAGAUUUUGACCACUGUGAUGACCAAUGUUGUUGUUGACAAGCUAAGAGUACAGAGCGUGUUAAAGCACUUUAAGUUGUUUUGUAAUUACCACAAUAUUGACAUCAUGACCAUUGCAUGACAUGUUGACAUGAACAGCAUUCUUUGUACUCUUAUUUAGGAUGGCAGAUUAGCUGAUCAGAUUGCAACAUUAUACUGCCAUGAUUGUGAUAAAAAUGAUUACUUGUGACUACUUAUUUUAAGAAAGGUGCCACUUUUUUGUACCUAAUACCACAUUUUGAUGUCAUCUGUGAUUUGCAACUGGCAGUGACUAAACAAACCUACAGCAACAUGGAAUAAUUAUCUUUUAAAUUGAUUAGAAGUAGGUGAUCAUGUGUUAGUAUUGAAGGCGAUUUAAAGAGUUUAGUUUUCAAAGUUCUCUUAAAAUGGAAAAAGACAUUUAUAGUCAAGCGUGUUAUUUUUUUAGCCUGUCUAUGCAAACAUGGGACAUGUGACAGUGGAUUGAAUGGCACAGGACACUGCAAGCCAGGCACUUGUGUCUUAGGAUAUGCUGGGUCAAACUGUGAUAAUAGUAAGUAGUGGGUUACCUGUGGCCUUUCAGUGGAAUCAUUUCUUAGUUUUAAUUAUUUUACUCCUUCUUAUUGUAAAUUUUACUUUGUUAUUUGUUAGCUUUGCCAAGAUGUGACAGAAACCUUUCCUGUGGAGUUAAUGCCAACUGCUUCAGAAUUGAAAGUAUUGAUACUUGUGUAUGUAACCCAGGAUAUAAAAAUGUCAGUGGCGUUUGCAAAGGUAAAGGUCUUUCAUGUGCAUUAAUUUUUUUCCAAAAGAGGUUUGGAGGGUUAAUUAGGAAAAUUUGAGGACUUUGUAGUUCAAGGAAUUGACAAGAAAAAAGAAAGAAAGGAAGAUGAACUAGAGGAUUGAGUUAGCAAUACCGGUGCCCUUACUCAGGUCUUCCUUUGGAAAGUGGGUGUUAUGAAACACUUGGCUUGUGUGCAAGGCUGUUUUCUCUACUUGUUGGGAGCUGUUGUCAGCAUGUUGUCUUAAUAUAUAUAGUUUGCAUAAUGUCACUGACAGAGAAAAAUCAUUCUUCACAUUGUUGAACUCCUUUUUUACAUUUUUAUCCACCUGCCCUGUUGCUUCUAGCAAUCAAUCCCUGCCAGGAUGGUACCCAUGGCUGCCAUAGUAAUGCAGAUUGCCUCUACCUAAGGCCAGGGAGGAACAACUGCACCUGUGCUGCUGGUUAUACAGGAGAUGGAACAGUUUGCAUUGGUAUGCUAAUGUUUAAAAUGGAUUGCGUGUGAAAGCUGUUUAAAACCAUUAUGCAGUGUUCUUACUCAAGUACAAUGUUUUCAAGUCUGUGUGACGUUCUCAUGUUACUUUUAUUAUUUAGUUUGUUUAUAAAGCCGGCCAGAGUAAAUUUUUUCCACAACCACUAUGAAGGGCAGUAAGAGGGACUUGCCAUAAGGGAAAAAAGAGCAUUUGUUUGUGCAGAAGGAGAGCUGGAAUUCAAGUUUUGUACAACUUAGUUUGAAUAUAAAAGGCAAAGUCAUGAAGUUUUUUAACAUUAAAAAUAAUUAAAAUUGAUCUAAACAUAAUGCAGCGUUUUAUUUGUAGGUAGGUAUAAAAGGUCCAUAGUAAGUUUGAAAAUACUAUAAGCUAGAAAAUUAAUUCUAAAGUUUCUGUAAUGCCAGGAACAGUUUCUUAUACAUGAUGUUUCCCUUGAUGAAAGAACUAUCAGUCACAGAACUUUGCAUUUAUUUCCAAACAUUUCUUCCUUUAACAGCUAUUGAUCCUUGCCAGAGGAACAAUGGUGGCUGUCCAUCACGCUCAACUCAGUGCAAUUACAUACGUCCUGGAAAGGUAAUAUUGGCUUGAAACUUCAGAAAUGUGAAAAAUGGUAUCUUAUGUUUUGUACUAUUUGGUAAAUUUAAUUUCAUCAAUGGUAGAUGAGCUUGAAGAGGAUACUAUUUAGUAUGUAAACCCCUUCAGGCAGCUGAUAUAUUGGUUGAUAAUGUCAGCGGCUGAGAGAUUGUCCAAAAAAAUAAAUAUUUGUCUGAGAAGUGAUGGCUUUUAUUUUCCACUGGCUUUGUUUCUUUUUUACUUAAAAAAAAAAAAAAACUGUGGUUAUACAAACUGUAGCCUCUAUUUGGCGAGAAAAUUUACACAGAUAUGCAUAGCAUGUUUUCUUUUGAGUAUUAUCUUGUAUGACUUUGUGAACAAACAGAUUUUCCUCUUCAGUAACAACCAUGAAAAUGCUUUCUCAUCUUAAAUUAAGUGUAUUAUAUGAAUCAGUGCACAUAAGGUUUGAAGAUUGGGGAAUAUCACUUGAGUGAUAUCCUCAGAUAUCCUCCAGUUUUAGCUGUGGGGAAUAUUUGGUCACAUGAUGUGUUUCAACCAACUGUGGGCUAUCGAAAAUAUUUGAGGGAUCAUGAUGUGUGACAACCAUCCUGUCAUAAUUAUACACAAAUAAGAUGGGUUGUAAAAAAUGGAGCCUGUUAGAUCAAGGUAUGUGACUUGCCCUGAAGAAGUUUGAUGGACCAGACUGUCCUAUCUAGCAUAUCUUUAGGCCAAUAUCUUGACAGCAUAAAGUCUCAAAGUCAAAGUUCAUAAUUUGAUGAAUCACUUGAAAAAUUUGUUUGCAAUCAUAGAGUAGCUGUAGCUGCCUUUUUGGAUUUGAAAACUACACCAGUGGGGCUGGCUGUGCACUCAUUGAUCUGUGUAAAAAUGGCAGUGGAUGCGACAUGAAUGCAAACUGUACAAUGGAGGCACCAGGAGUGAAGAGGUUUGGAUUAUGUUUUUAUAAAAGGUCUUAUGUCGAACAUUUUAAGAGUUUCAUGUGUUUCUUUAGCUACUUUACUUGAAUGAAUCAUAAUUGUUUCUUGCAACUUUAACUUAGAUGCAAUUGUAAGAGUGGGUACAGAGGAAAUGGCACCACAUGUUAUGGUAAUAUUCUCCAGGUGUGUAUGUGUCUUGUUAAAAGAAAGGAAUGUAACUUACAAAUUAAAGUAACAUUCACAGCUCAAAUCACAUUAAUGCAAUCAUAACUGAUUAAUAAUGUCCAGAUUGACUCAAGUGUAAUGUUUUGAAUUAUGGAUUCUCGUCUCAGGUUUUCUUUUCUAUAUAGAAAUACCUUAGCUUCCAUAAAAUAGAAAUCCAAAUGUGAUAUCCCUCCCUUUCUUCCUACUACAGCCACCUCUCUCCCGCAGUCAUUAUCCUCCUUCCCCUGUAGUCUUUUUCGGGAGGUAUGGCUAUCUACAGAAGCUUGCAGGGCGUGAAAUUGCGCCUAAUGCAGGCGCCAAUGCGCCUAAAUUUUUAACUUUGGCGACCAAAUCCUGAAAGUUAGUCGCCAAAUUGGCGACUAGAACGUUUCAUCAUAACCUUACCAAGAGAUAUAGUGAAUUAAAAAGGUUUGCAAAGAUAAAUCCGCGGCAAACUUCCUCGUUAAGUUUGUUUCCAAAACGUAGCACAUGCAUCUCGAUCGAUAACUAGACGCCAUCUUGGAUUUAGAUGAGCCUGAACGUUGUAUAUAAUCCAUCCUAGUGUCCACUUUGUAGCACGUUAAUUUUGGAGGGUCUAUCUAGAACGCUGACAGCGUAAAGAAAGAUUUUGUUUGUCUUUGAAAAUUGCGACCAACUUUUUUUGAAUUGGCUACCACUUUGAAGAAUUUAGGAGCCAAGUGGCUAUUAGAAAAAAAAGUUAAUUUCACGCCCUGGCUUGGUGACUUAGUCACUAGGUGGGGUCCUUGGAUGUGGGUACCCCAUCUUUGUAAGAUGAUUUUUUAAGGUCAAGAAAUAUACCAAGUUGAUACUUCAGUUUUGUGACAAGGUGCAUAUAUGGACAAUCUACUUUGCAUACAUUCUUAAUUUUCUGGUGUUUAGAUGGUCACUUUACCUUUUCUUCCUACUGCAUGAAUAUGAAUAUGAGGCCUGGUGGUACACAAGGUAAAAAAAAAGAGGUUUAAGCCUCAUAUAAGCCUUACACAAGUUUGUAACUGUUACCUCGUCCUACUUUGAAGAAGCCUUCCCUUUUCUAUACAGUACAAAAUUAUGUGCUAAGAUGUAUGUUGUUGUGAUUGCAGAGGGUAAAAGACCUGAACCUUAGAGGCCCAAUUGGACUCAAAGGACAAUUAACCACAGCAAUUGAUUUGCUGACAGGUUCAUUCAUGCACUUGGCUCUUUCUGGAGCAGGGCCAUUUACUCUUUUCUUAAUGGUGAACAGUGCAUUUUCAAAUCUCACUCAAGAAGAGGUAAUAGUUGUAUUGAAAGUGGUAUGUGUACUAGUUUUAUAGGAAGUAAACUUCAUAGGCUAGGAAAGACAUGCAAAUUAGAGCAGAAACGGUGCAGUUAGUGAAUAAAUCACGCUGGUGAGAGCCAAUUUAACAUAAUUGUUGCAUGUGCGAAAACAGGUGGAGUGAUACAUUGGUAAUUCAAGGGUAUUGUCUAACAACACUUUUAAAAAGUAGUAUCAGUUUCAUUUAUGAAUGUUCUUUUUUUGCUAUCUGUGAAAAAGUAAAAAUCUUCUUAUUUCUCCUCUAUCAGGCUGUAUGACACAAAAUUUACAUAUUGACCAUCUAAUUUUGAAGCAAGCUUUCAAAACUGCUUUUUUAAUUGAGCACUUAAAAGUUAUGCUUCAAUGGCUAUACAAAUUUGAUGGUGGUCUGAACAUAUAUAUCUGUUGCAACUUUGAAAUUGUGGCAAAUUUGAUUUAUACAGAAUCUGAUGUCAAUUUACUGCCAGUAACCCUCUUUAGUGAAAACCCUUCACUAGAAGGUACAAGUUAAUUGGCCUUAUUUCCCAGCCAAAAGACCUGUCCUGCAUCUUACUCACGGACAUGUUUUGCUUCAUCCUUAGCUUAGUGAGCUAUCCGCAAACACAGACAUGGCCUCACAUUUUGUUAGUCGACACUUAGUGGCUGCUGAUUUAGACUCUACGUUGUUGAAAAAGUACAAGAAAGUCACAACACUACAGGGGAUUGAUGCAAGCAUCUCAGAGUACCAGGUUAAAAGUUAUUAAUGCAUGUUUUGAUACUUACAAUGGUAGGUAAGCAUUUGUAGAGUGGACAAGUGUCCAGUGCUUUUGUGAUCACUAAUAUCAUCUUUGUCAUUGUUUUUUACAGAAUGUUAUUUACUUAAAACUGGACAAUCCGUCAGUAAAUGCAUCAGUGCUAUUCCGUGAUUUGUUAGCUGGCAAUGGCAUGAUUCAUGUUAUUGACAAGAUUAUGUGGCAUGUUGGGGACUAUCAAGAGACGAGCUCUGUAAGUAUUGGUUAGUCACCUAAAAGACUCUGGAUAACUGGUUCACUUACUUAGACUCUCCUCAACAGAUGUCAGCAACUGCCAGCACCGUACAAAGUACUUUUUCACACACAGAAAAAGAAACAGAAUGACCUAAUAUUGCUGAUGGAUCUAAACCCACCAAUCACAAAUUACAAAUGAGCAAGUUGGGCUCUUCUUGUUAUUGGCAGCCCUAGUCAGUUAUUUCAGUAGAAGUGGCAUAGCUCCUGAUCCCCUUUCAAAGAACACUGACUCUGCCCCUCCAACUACCCACUGUAAAACUGAACAAAAUACAAUACACAUCUUUUAAUUUAUGGGUUUUCUUAAAGUGAUGUGUGAAGUAAGACUGACAUCUCAUGGAAGUCUUACUUCCCAAUUGCAAACAGCACUGUAAUGAUUAUAAUUAACCCUUCAACUCCUAGAGGUGAUUAACACGGAACUUCUCCCCAUUAAUAUCCAUGCAUUAUCCAGCAAAAAAGUAAUGAGAAUACUUAAAAUUAUCACACAGAGGUUUUUAUCUUGAUCUAAUGCCAAAUUCUCCUAACGAAUCUACCAGGAAAUGUGUAACAGCUUGAGAGGAGAAAAAACAAUCUGAUCUUGGGAGUUAAAGGGCUAACCACUUUGUGUUCUCUUCUAGAAAUCAUUGCUUCAGGUCCUUUGGGCACAAAGUAGAUUUUCCAUUUUUGCCUCACUUUUACAGGUAGGUUGAACAUGAAAAUGGUGAAAGGUUUGUGGUUUUUUUGUACAAUUGUUUCCGCCCUGAAAAAAAUUAUUAAUUAGAAAUGAAGAUUAGAGUCGGUCAGUUAUUCUAUUGUUUGUCAAGUAGGAAAUAUUCCUCUCAUAUCUGUUCCUGUUAAGUGUGCAUAAUUUAUCAAAUAAAAUUUUCUUUUAAUUAUUAUAAGUUGUGAGCUAAAUGUGAAUCUUCAUUGUUUUUUUUUACCAGUCAUCUGGAAUUGCUGCAGAGUUGAGUGGUCUGGGAGCUUCCCUCACUAUUUUGGUGCCAGCAAAUUCUGCUUUUGACAAGAUUGACAACAGUACCAUGAGAUUUUUGACCAGCACAGAUGUGGUAUGAAUAACAUGAAACUGAGAGGUCUUAGUAUAAGAUACACAGGGAACCCUCCACUUUUAGGAAGGUGGCAACUUUGACAAUGCAAGAAACCGUAUCAAAUCAAUUGGUUUUCUUGCUUUAUAGGUUUACUUAAUUACCUUACAAUUAUUAACACCGCUCGUGACUUCUCUACCUUGUGGUUUUCUGACUGUAUAUUCUUCAGUGAAUUAAAAUUCUGACUGUUCCUUUGGUGAAGUGGACGAACAACACCUACUUUGCUUUAAUUUUGAAAAAAGAGAACUAGAGGUGCAGUGAGAAUGAGACAAAUUAUUUGAUGAAGGAGAAAUCAAUGGCUCUCUGUAACUCAAUCUGUGAUCCUCGUACAAUUUAUUACACCACUACCCUCUUUAUUUCAGGUAGCAUGACGUUAGCAUUGAGUAAUCAAUAGGGAUUUCAUAAGCUCUGUUACCAGCACUUCACAUGACCUUAUUGUGUUUUUUUCUAUAGGGAAUGAGAAAAUUGAAGUCACUUUUAAGAAACCACAUUCUUACAGGAAAGGUUUGUCUCUGCCAAAUGUGCAUGCACAACAUUUCUACCAUGACUUGUUACAACAAAGGCAAAAGAGUAAGCUUUGGAUUCUUAUUCAUGUGAAGAAACCAUCAAACUAUUGUUUCUGUUUUUUGCCACGCUGAAAGAAACCAUCUCUUUGGCUGUUGCCACUCUGUGUGCCCAAGUUGUGAGGAUCUUGUAAGGCAGUGGCUUAAUGAGAACACCAAAAGUCAAAUCAGCCAUAAGUUUUAAUGCUUGAGCAUGUGAUGGUAAUUUAUUUAGUUAGAUCCUCUACAAGUCACAGCAGCAGUUACUGACAACUGUUUCUUCUUUAGAUGGCAGUGUUAGACUUGAUAUACAUUGGCAAAGUUGUAUCAGUACAGGGAGAAUCAUUAGAAGUCAAAGUAACUCCCACGGUAAGUGAGCUUGUUCUUAAUUUAGGCGACUUAUAGUCUUAUUGAUAGGUAAUUUUUCGAUUCCCUACGUGCCCGUUGAUUGAAAAGGCGAUCUCAUGCGUGCAAACAGGAUAAUUAUGCACGUAUCACAAUUUUGGACUUCCAGAAACCAUAAAGGUAAAAAGUUGAAUUAAAACUUGAAGCAAACUGUCUUCAACAACCUUAACCUGUAAAACUCUCUUGCAAGACUUCACUCUAUGUUAACCUUUCAUCAGAAAGAAAUUCAUUUGCUCUGACAAAGAGGUAAUGCCUGAAACCUCAGCCUCAGAAACUUUCUAUGGUGGCUACUUUACAUCAUUAAUUCAGUUGAUAAAAACAAAUUAUCUUUUAAUACCUUACAUCAAGGCAGCACUACAAUUUCUUCAGAAACUUACCUCCCUUUUCACUUUGUAUCAGUCUGUGUGUUUGCAGUAUUAUUGAGGCCUGACAUGAUGUUUUGAUACUUAGUACAUGUUGCUCUUUAGGGUCGUAUUGUUGUGGAUAAAGAUUCCGUCAUAACAGAAUCAAGUGUUCUUGUCAGUGAUGGUAUACUUCAUGUAACAGAUAACCUUAUCAUCCCUGACGACAUUGAGCCUCUGUUACCAAGAAAUUGUAAUGGACAGAAAUUCAGUAAUGUAAGUAAAUGAUUUGUUUGGACAGUUAGACUAACCCAAUUAGGAAAAGUUGGUAAAUAUGGGGCAAAGAACACCAGCACUACUUCAACUAAUAUUGAAAAUCUAGCAAUGAAGAUUUUGUGUUUCCAAGUUUUAAUAAGUGUCAAGUAUAUGAUAAUGAUACUGUGUUCUAUUCUCACUUUGCGGAAGUCAAAGUGUCAUCUUCAUUAUCUUAUGGACUUUCGAAUUUAGUCACGACAAGUAUUUCUUUUAACAUCCAAAUGUUAUUGUUCAAGAUGGGAUACUUCAUGAUUAAAAUUGAAUCAUAUAGAAACUUGUGCGUUGCCAAUUUGUAUCAUGGUUCUGUUUAUGAUGGUUGUCAGUAAUAUUACUGGAUCAGGAAUACUGGAGAAUGAUGUCUUGCCUGCUCUUCUGACAUGUUGGCACACAAAGUAUUUCUACUUUUUCUAUUAUAAUAUUUUAUAACUUUUGGCAGGGAAUUUGUUAUCGAUGUGAAGCUGUUAAAGCCAUGCCAAGGACAGGCUGCCCUAUAGGAUAUGCUCCAUCAGUAAGUUCUGUGAGAUCAAGAUGGUUAAAAUGAAAUUUGCACUUAGUAGACUAAGUAUAGGUAACAAUAUGAUUUCAAUUGCAAUUUGGUGUCAAUAAGCGCAAGUAAAUUUUUCAAAGAUAACAAAUUUGCACCAACCUGUUUUUGUUAAUAAUGAACAAGAAAAACGCACCACAGAAAGUCAAGGCGGACGAAAUUUUGGCAGUGCGUGUGCGCUAUUUGUAAUUUGCUUUCGUAUUACAACUUUGCACACGUGUUACAUGAAAAUUGCAAUCAGACGUGCGUAGUUUCUUCAUGUUUAUUAUAAACCCCUUUAACUCUCAUGAGUGACGAAGACAGAUUUUCUCGUUACAAUAUCAUUACUAGAUUAAGCACACAAGUGAUAUUAGUUGACCCAAUACAUUUUUUCAGAACCAACUUGAGCUUUUCAGAGUUGUAACAGACGGUACUAUGGAGAAUUACCAUUGAGAUCAUUGAAGUGAAAGGGUUAAAGAUUUGAAGCACAUUUGCUUAGUGUUUGGCAAGGCUGCUUGACGUUAUUUCUGCUUAUUGCAGGUUUCACUGUAUUUUGAGUUCAAUAAGGGUGAAAACUUACUAUAGGCUGUUUUGUAAUUUUUGAAAUUACUUCAUGCCUUGUCUUACACUGUGAUAAAUUUACUGAAAGCUGUUAUAUUUUUUCCAUUUCAAGACUCUUUUAAAUGGUAUUUUGGAUAGAAAAGAAGCUUAGAAACUAGCUGCUAAUGUUUCAUAUUGUCUUAAAUAUUAAUUUAAGAGUUUGUCUUUUAAUUUUUUAGCCCACAACAUCUGUGUGCUACUAUCGACUGAGUUUCCGAGGAAUUCCUAUUGGAAUUUUCCGCGGCUGUAGGGCCACCACAUGUUCAGCACCAGUAAGUGACAAGUGAUAAUCGUAAAUGAUUAAGUAUCCUAGAGUGUUUUUUCAGCUCAUUGAGUCAAGCCUUUUCUUGACAACUUCAAUUUCAGAUGCCAAAAUUCUUGUUGACAAGGAAUUUUUAGCAAUUGUUGAGGCAUUGUAAUGAAAGAUUUAACGACGAGGAAGGAUGCCAGUUACCAGCCAAUUAGAUAAAAUCAUGAGCAUGUUAUGUAUUUAUAUAGAUUGCCCUACAAAUUACCCAUACAUGAUACUUCUUUAGUUGCGCAUUUCACUCAUGGAAUAGCUCAAAUGAUUUUUAAUACAUUUAUUGUUUACAACAUACAUACCUUUGCUUGUGGAGUGCAGGUUAAAUGUAUAUUUUCAAUUCAGCAAUAAUUUUAAAAAAAUAUCUCUAGAAUUAUGUUUAUGUGUGCAAGUCCUAUGCCAUGGAAGUUUAAACUAUUGUCCAUUCUUCUUCUUAAUGGUGUUUUCAAUUUCUUUCCUACUUUUCAGGAACCAGAAUGUUGUGCUGGGUUUUAUGGUCCAUCUUGCCAUCCUUGUCCUGGGCCUUUUGAUAAUGCUUGUAAUGGAAAUUUAAAUGGAAAGGUACAGUACGAAAUCUGAUAGAAUAAAACACACAACAAAAUUAAAUACUGUAUGGUGUUUUGCGAUAUUAGACAGGCUGACCCAGUUCAGCUUAAAGCUGGUUUGAAUAGAUGCCUGCAUAAACAGUAACAAGGCCAGAUCACAACACUAGGAGCUACGUUCCCUCCUCUUUGGGAGAAGUGUGAAGGUUCUUUAACGUCCCCCACUAACCAGUACAGAGAAGAGAUAGGAGACUGGACCUACGGCUUAUUGUCCCUAUCUGAGGAGACUAGAAUGUCUAACCAUUAACCGUUGUCAGAGCUUGGUUGUUUUAAGACCCUGAGCAUGUUGGUCCAGUCUGGGACUUAAAACCUCGACCUUCUGCACAGCAGUCCGCCGCUCUAUAACGUGAGCUAACCUAGCACGGCAUUAAAUACACUCUGCUUAAGUAUUGAUUAGAUACAGAAUAAAUGUUUGAUAAUUCGCAGGAUAUUUUAAAACUUGUACUGCCCAAAAACUACAUGCUAUUCAGACUGAACUGAGACACGUCUACAAAGUUUACUUACUUACUGGCCACUUCGCUCCUCUGACCCAUAUUGGAAGCAGAACUUUGUCAUAUUCUGUCUAAAUGCACUGUUAUGUCGGCAACGUAUUGAUAGACUUUAUCAGAGGUUAAUUAUGGUAUUUAAAUAAAUGUUGGCAACAUUUGUUGUGUUACAACAGUGUGUUGAUAAAAUCAGUGGCAAUGGAACUUGCAUAUGUCAACCCAACUUCAAGGGAACAGCAUGUGAACAUUGUCAGGAGAGCAAAAGCUUUGGACCGUUCUGCAAUCAAAGUAAGUUGAUUAAUUUGAUAUUCAUGUAUUAUUAAAAGACACUUACUUGUCUCUAAUUAAAUAAAUUAAAUGCUCUUUCGUGAUGUUUUUUUUGUUACUUUCUUUCAAUGGUCUCCCAUGCGUGGGAACUUUUACCCAGUUCUUAGGUUGUCCUUUGAAUACCAGUUCCACCCUGGUAGCAAAAAUCGUUCUUAGGAUUCUUCCCUUUGCUUGUUCCUCUUAGCUUGCACAUGUUUGCAUGGCAUAUGUGACAGUGGCUAUCCUCAAGGGAAUGGAACAUGUAAGGCUGGAUCUUGUUCGCCUGGUUUUCAUGGUGACAACUGUGACCAACAUGAUGUCCCAUGUCCUGGGUCAGUGAGCCGUCGUUGUCAUGCGCAUGCCACUUGCCGACGACAAGGAAAUAUGGACAGGUGAGAAGAAAACUGAGCUGUACCUACCAAGUUUGUAGAGAAACCAUAGAGAAAAAACUGUAUUGAAAUUUAAGGUAACAAUACCUGAUAUCCUAAAUACUAGUCCGUUGUGAGACUUCUAGUUUCCUUAUCUAAUCCAUGUAAAUCGUCGUAAUCUUAGCUGUCAGUGCAACUUUGGCUAUGAAGGUUCUGGAAUACAGUGCUCUGAAAUUGAUCCUUGUUCUAAACCUGAUCGUGGAGGCUGUCACCAUGAGGCAACUUGCACGAAAACUGGGCCAGGUACCAACAACUGUACAUGCGAUGAUGGUUUCCGUGGUGAUGGAACAGUAUGUGUUGCUAUAGAUCCUUGUUUAGAGGAAAAUGCUGGAGGUUGCCACAGUAAUGCCGAGUGUCAGUAUGUCGGUCCUGGACAGGUUAGUGAGUUAUAUAUCAAUUCGGAGACAAUUAGUAGAGUCAUUUUUUGCUACAAAUUUUAUUUCUCUUUUAGCAUUGUUAUGUCAUUUACGGAAAAUGUACCCCCUGCCUUAUCCAUUUGCUACCAUCUGGUUGUUUUUACUUGGCCAUUGCUUUGAUCCUCAUCUUGAGAGUGAGGCUUAGGGUGAAAGUGACCAUUUUGCAUAUUAAUGCAAUUUGUUCUCACAGAGCACCUGUAUCUGCAAGUCAGGCUACACAGGAAACGGUUCAACAUGUUUUGAAGUUAAUCCUUGUCUAGUCAACAAUGGAGGGUGUUCUCUUGAUGUAAGUUGUGUGGCUAAUUUGUAAAAUACUGUCAAUUGAAAUUUUUAGAAAUUUCACAUUUGAAGAUUUUCACUCGCUGUUUGCUUUCAAGCCUUAAGGUCUUCCAGAAGUCAAAACAGUUGUAUCAGAUUUUAUUCGCAGUACCUGGAAUGCUAAAGAAGGGCUAGAGUAGUAGUGUUAUAGAAAUGUCAGCUUUAAAACUCUUUACGGUGGUUCAUUUACUUUACCAAUUCAGUUGAUAAAACCAAAUCAUAAUGAGUAAUUACAGUUCAUGUAGGUAAAGAAUAUAGAUUUUUUUGCGUUAACCAACUCUAACUAAAAAAGCAAUUCAAAUGCAGAGUUCUUUUCGAUAUUAAACCUAAUACGCGUGACUUCAUUUUCUGUCUUCUUUAACUUUCCUGGCUUAAGUUUCUAAAUACUGAAGGGAACUCUAAUAUCUUUAGAAAAUCAAAAAGUCUGGAUUGCAGCGGUUAUGUAAUGAAUUUAAGAAAAUAAGCGACACUUUUUAAAAACAUGUUUUAACAGUUCUUCUGUCAUCUUCAGCUCUGAUUUUACAAAGUAUAUAGUUGAAUUUAAAGUGUACAACAAAAUGCUGAUUGGACAAAAUGAACAGUAACAGAGCAAUGUAUGCAGUCACAAGGAAAGUUUAAAUUAACACGAUUAAGUUGAUUAUAAAGUGUAGGUUGCUCCCACUGAAUGUGGAUAGCUUCUUCAAUUCAGUUUUACCCUAGUCGUAGCGGAGCUCGCAGCGCGCGCAGCGUUGCCCCAUAAAUAUAGGAAAUAGUAGUAAUAGGAUAUAUUGUCUUGGCUUUUAGGCAAGGUGUUUGCGAACUGGUCCUGGGAAUUACAGUUGUCAUUGCAUCAGUGGAUUCAUUGGGAAUGGUUAUACUUGUCUAGGAUCUAUUGCUAUGGUAGGUAAUGAUAUAAAAAAUGAAGAGAGAUGUUCAGAAGUUGUGCUGAGGGAGGGACAAAAAAAAAUUGAAAAUAUUGAGAACAUUUGUUUCCAUCUGAGAUUUUGGGCUCAAACCCAGACUUUAAGACUUAGAGUUUAGUGCGUUAACCAGUAGACCCACGUUUCUCCCACACCAUAAUUUGGCUAAAUCGUAGCAUCUUUUAUCUUAAACAGAUCAUCAGACAGAAAAAUUCAAAGCUGGAGAAUUUUAUCAGGGUAAGUAGAUUUAUUACUGUCUGACUGCGGUUCAAACCGCUUACAGUUGUAUAUUUCAUGACUUCAGAAUUUUUUGACUGAAGAGUGGUUUUUGCUGCUUCAACUAAAAUAAUAAUGACAACAAAAUCUUUUCAAUUAUUGCGGUCCAUCAAAGUUAACAUAACGAUGAAUGCGAGGAUAAUAAUGAUGAGGAUCGUGAUGACGAAAUUUACUUUUCAUGGCAUAUAAAUUGACAUGAAUUAAAGUUUUUUGCUCUUUUCAUGUUCAAACAGCAAGGAAACAUGCUGCACUAUAUAUCAGACCCAAGGAAGAACAUCACUAUGUUUGCUCCAUCAGUGUCAGCAUUUUCACAGUUAUCUGAUGAUGAUAGAAAAUAUUGGACUAACAGCACAGAGAGACUUCAAUAUCUAAUAAGGUACAUAUAUACAAAGGAGGGAAGACUUUCAAGAAACUGUAUUUCAAGACAGUUUGGUUUUAUCAACUGAGCUGUUAUAAUAAAUUGGCCUCAGUGAAGAGUCUCUAAAGUUGAUGUUUCGAGCGUUAGCCCUUCGCGCGAGGUGAUUAUAGCGAGGUAUGACGCAAUCCUCGACCAGUCGGAGCGUGCAUCACUGUAAUCAAUUAAACUAAAUGUGCUUUAAUAACUUUUAUGACUUUUUCUUAUCAGGUAUCAUUUGGUGGAGCAAGUGUAUAAUCUAGAGACGCUGAAAAAUGUGCCAUCACUGAACACCACGAAUAGCCUCAUGUUAAAUGUUACUACUCAAGGUCAAAAGGUAACCAAUUAUCAUUCUUACUAGUCUUUGAAUGUCAAGCUAAGUUUGCUGUAUUUUGGACGCAAGAAACAAAAAUUUAAACAUGUCCUGUACUCAUUGGCAACAAGCUUGCCCAGGCAGAAGUGUUUUGGAGGUGAUCAUGACUACUUUUUAAUAGAAGUUAUCAUCUUUUAUUUCAGGUAUUUAUUGGUGGAAUGGCUCAAAUUAUUCAAGCUAACAUUACUGCAGAAAAUGGAAUUGUACAUAUCAUUGACCAGGUAAGACUGCGACAUGAUUCCGCCAUAUUUGCAACAUUUGUAUGUUGGUCCACUUUUUUGGUGCUCUGUAUUUGUUAUACCAAGGGGAAUCUUGCAAGCUACUGGCCCCUUACGUCUGAAGCCUAUUCCGGCCUCAUGGGCUUAUAAUGAGUAGGAGUACUCCCACGGCCAUUGUAGGUAACGUUAGUCGUCCCUUCCCCUUUUGCGAUUUGUCAAGUCGCCUUGAAUUUUGAGUAAUUUCCAUUUUUUUCUUUUGUGUGGAGAGAAGCACUGUGAGUGUUAAGUGUCCUGCCUUAGAACAUAACGCAAUAAAAUGGACAUAUAUCGAACACAAACCAUUUGACUUUCAGAGUCUAGCCACUGCAACUGUAAAUUAGGAACCAACUGGCCAAAAUAAACAGUCCGAUAGCUGGAUUGGGAGAGGCACUUCAAGGUGCUGAAUAUUAUGCUCAAGAACAUCACACCAAGUUCUCGAGUUUGAUAUCCAUUAACCUACGGCGCCUCCAUGAUGCUCGGAGCAAAGACAUUUACGAUUGAAUUUCUGAGUCUCAUAUUGGUUAUACGUUUUUGCUCUUUAUUCAGGUCCUUUUGCCGUCUCGUCUGUCGUACGAAAAUGAGCUUCUAUUGACGUCGGAUCUUCUUAAAAGUAUUCCAGAGUUUUCCGAUUUCACCAAUAUCUCACAGGUAAUCUUUUGGCUUUACUAUUACAAGAAAUAGAGUCAGAAGUACACGUUAGCAAAACAAGAUUCAUCUUUACGCAGUUUUAAAAAAUUUCUGUGGGUACAGUUCAAAGUUAACUCCAGGUUUUUUAUCUAGUGUUGUUAUGGUAGUCAAAGGUGUCAAAAGAUAAACUCAAAAUUUUCUGAAAAAUAAUUGGAACUUUCUUGAUACCUUUAAGGAACUCAUUGAUAGAGAGUUUGGCACUAUUGAUCUGUCAAAGAAUCGGUAUUUAAAAUUUUUACACCAUUUUUGAUCCACUUUAAUUAGCAUGGUGAUCUACCAUUGUAUGAGGUAACUCUAUGACAGAUAAUCCAUUGGCUUUUUAUUUAUCAUUUUUUCUUAUUCUUUCCUUUCGAUUUAUACUGGCCAUUAAAGUGUUAUGAAUGAAUGAAUAGAUAGACCUUCAAAAAGGAAACAAUAUUGUAGAAAAACAAUUGAACAAAGAAAUGAAUGAAUAGGUAAAUUAGGAAAGGCUUAUCUAAGUAGCAACCUGGUUAAAUGACAAAUAAUUGAAUUUUUUAUUCAGAACAUGAACCUAUUUUUCUCCCUGGAUGCCUGUGAGUCGUGUACUGUAUUUGCUCCAACCAACUCCGCUCUCAAAAAAUAUGCCCUUGUAGACACGCAGACGCUGGUAAGCUUAAGAAUACGAAAAAAAAUUAUCUUCUAAAAGGAACAGCUGCUCCCUUUAGCGGCACCAUAUAAGUAAAGCUUAAUUGUAUUUGAUAUUGACAUCACAGCAAACUGUAUAAAACAUACUAAAAUGAACCAUUUGAUGUUUUUUUGUUUGCAUUUGUCAUAACGUUCAACAAAUGACGUUCGAAGUUUUUUUUGUUGGAAGGAAGUGGUUCGAAAGACAUGGUUGCUUUGAAUUUGUCUGUCCCUGGGUAGUAUCUGUCUCUUGAAGCUUAUGGCUUUCCUCGUACUUCAUUAUCGGAAAACUGUUUGUCUUUUAGAAAAGGACAUUGUCUGCAGUCAAAUGUUACAGCGUAUUUUUGCACCAAAUUACACUUUUGGUCAUAUAAAAGUAUUAUCAUGCUAGAUUUAAAAUUCAGUCGGUGAUUCAACUGACAGUUAAAUGAUGAUGUCUCUUUCAGACGCCAGAUGUCCUUAAGUAUCAUAUUGUGAACCAAUAUCUCACAGAAGAAACAAUUCGUAAUGGAGAAGAAUUCCCAUCUUUGCUUGGGAAUGGGAGGGACUACCUUGUGAAAAUCACCAAUCCUAGGAAAGGAAUGGUUUGUGUAAAGCUUUUUUGAAAUUUUCAAGCUGUACUCAUAACAGUGGUAGUAGCCACCCAUAUGUUGUCAAGUUCCAACCUUUUUUCUGUGUCAAAAAGCGCACAAGACUGAGGCUAUUGAUGAAGAUGUUUCUAAAACCUUUAGUUAAUCCAAAUGUAUAAUAUAGAUCUUAAGGGACUAUGUCACAUAUGACCGUGCAAGCCAUUCCAAAAGGACAGAGACAUGUAUCGGUAGUUAAGGGGGUGAGUCUGGAAGAAGUCUUAGAAAAAUUCAUACAACGAUUAAUAUUAUGGAAAAAAAAACUCACUUACAGAUGUUAGCCUUCCCUAUUAAUUUUUGAAACACAACGAGACAAAUUAAAGAUGUUUGGUCUAUUUUUUGAGAAUAGUUUAGCUUUGUUAACUGCCAUUGGCUGAUGGACUUUUUCUCUUAUCGAGUCACCUAAUUUCUUUCGUUUAAUUACCUUUUUACCUGACGAUGUAUUGCUACAAUUUUGAGGAGAAACUACCUAAUAGUCAUUCUUGAGAUAGGAAAGACUGGGAGACAAUGGACAGCCAUCUUUCAUAUUUUAUCCUCAACAGCUGCAAGUCAAUGGAAUUGAUGUUGUCGUCAAAGGUCACAAAGCUAGAAGAGCAAUAGUGUAUGGCAUAAAUGGUGUACUUAAACCAGUUAAGAGGAACUGUGAUGUUGUUACGAAAUCGUCACGUCUCGUAAGUGCCUCAAUGAAAUGCAUACUAUCAGAUACUUCUUUGUUGAGGGAACCUGAUUUGAGCUUUAGCUGAAGAUCUUCUUGAUAAACCUACUUUCAGAUUCUUCUAAAAUAUAAUUUUAUCAUCAAGUAAACAAGUAGAGCUGAUUUUUUAAUGGAAACCGUGGACAGUUUGGAAUGGUGUAAUGUUGUAUCUUUGCUUUUCAGGGAUACUGUACAUAUUGCGACUUAUUUGUCCCAACAUGUCCAGCGGGCUGGACCAAAAUUGUGAGUGACUGAAAUUAAGCUUUUGAUUUGUUUUAAUUUGUUUACUCUCAGUUGAUUCUUUGAUAAUUGAGCUGACUAAACGGAAAUAAAUUUUCAAACGGAAGCUUUAUUUCAGCAUCAGUUAAAAUUAUUGCAUUUAAUACAAAGUUACUACAACGUUCAGAAAAAAUAUCAGAAGUGAAAUACUGGAUGACGUUUCCCAUGUAAAACAUAUGAUCCACUGAAUUUCUUGCUUUGAGAAGUCACUGUAUUGGCUGACGGCAAUUAAAUGUAUAUUGGUUUGUAGAACUAAAAAAGUCCGGAUCAAUAUCAGUAUCUGGGCAACUGCCCACCUACCUCUCCCCUAACUCAACAACAGUCAGUUGACAACAAGUUAAGGUUAAUGUUGGGUUAGGGAAGGGGUAGGUGGGCAGUUGCCCAGAUACUGAUAUUGAUCCAAAAGUCCUUAUUCUGGCAGUAUGCAGGAAGCUUGUUUCCAUGGACUUUGUUAACCCUUUCACCCCUAAGAGUGACUAGCAUCUAAUUUCUCCUUACAAUAUCUCCCUUGAAUCACACGAGAAGGUCACAAGAAUAAAGGAAAUGAUCACCAACUAAAGAAGCUCUUGAUUGUUAAACAAAUUCUCCUUAUCAGCACCUUAAGAAAUUUAUGAUGAACAGUAUGGAGAAUAUGCAAACUGAUAUUAGGAUGUAAAAGGUUAAACGGUCAGUCUCCUAUAGCUCAGUGUCAGUCAGUCUCUCAGUUAGCUCAGUAAAGUGUCCGAAAAACUAAUCGGAAGGUUAUAGGUUACAAUUCCUACUGGACCACUGUACAUUUUUUUUUUCCGAGUAGGGUUGUGCCAUUCACUGAAUAACAUCGCCGUUCAGUCCUUGUCCUGUCUAAUAGAACCAAAACAUCGAACUUCAAAUGGCAGCAGUAUCAAUCAUUAUAUAUUCAUUGUAUAAUGGUUUCUUGGUAACCUCUACAUUUCUGAUCCUUUCAGGGCUUUGUGCUGAAUACAUGUUGGGUUCGAAUAUUAAUCUUCAGGCUCAGAGGCUGCCAAGCACUAUGUGAAAAAACUUCUGUAGUAUGUAGCAACCAUUAUCUAAACUGAUCAAAAGUUUUAUUGUGGUGAUUAGCUAUUUUGUUUAGCAACCUAAUCUAAAAGGGGCUUUGACAAUAUGGCGAUUACUUCUUCUGUUGCCUGUAGAAUGUACUCGUGUUAAAUAUUCAUCUCAUGGCAAUGGACAUCCCAUAAGCGAUUAACAACGAGGACGUGGCAAAACAACAACUUGAAAUCGCCGAAAUUUGCGUGGGUCUAGAAAGAAAUCUCUGACGGAAAAUUAUUUAAAUUUCCAUUUGGAACUCAACGCUGCUAACAUACGAUAUACUGGAGAUGACGUAUGACGUCGUAAGAGACGGUUGAGAGAUCCAGCCAUGCGCGAAACUCUAAGGAAAGACAUAAAUUCAUUUGUUAAUCGAUGUAUUCUGGAGUAUUGCCGUCCUGGCUGCUUAAGGUCCCAAAAUUUCACUAACUACAGUGUUUACAGAAACGCUCCCACCUAGGUGAUCACAAGUUAGGAUUGAAUCUUUCCCCGCAUGUAUCAAUUCCUGUUUUAAAUCGAUGAAUUAAGCACAAAGAGUACUUUUUCAGGGUAUAGUCGCCAUCUACUCUUUUUUGGCCAACCUAUCUGCAACAAAAAUUUUUGAGAAUCUUCCUUAACUUAUUUUGAACUCUUUUCAGAUCAAGAGAUGCUGUGAUGGAUUCUGGGGUCAAGACUGCCAAUGUAGGUUAAGUUGCCUGUGUUACUGUUUUACCGGUUUGGGAUAGAGAAAUUUGGGAAAUUUAUGUGCUUUGAUUUUAAUGCAUAAAUUGGAUGUAUAUAUUGACUUCGUUGUUUUUGUUUCCUAUGGACCUUGCGCUGUGUUGGAUUGUAUAAGUGCGGAAAGCCUGGCCUUUGUUUGGCCAUUUUAAGAUCUAAAGACGUCGUACUUAUGUCACUUCAUCUUAAUAAAUUUGGUAGAAAUACUUUAUUGAUGUCUUGGUGAAAAGCAGCAUAAAGUUCUUGCUCCAGACCCGAGCACAGUGUUCAUAACUAGUGUUCAGAUUUGCUCUUAUAAAGCCUGGUUGCCGCAAAUGGUUAACUUUUGUCGUAGGUCAACAUGUGUAACUUUGUAGGGCAGCCGACAUUUCUGAAACGAGAGCCCUUAGGCAUUUCAUACUCACCUUCAAAUGGUUUUUAACUGAAAGUGCUUCUCAAUUUUUAGAUGAUGUGCAUAAAAUGGUUGUUUUUGGCUCACUUCUUUACUAUAGACAUGAUUAUCACCUCUUCUUUUUAGUAUGUCCUGGAAAUGUUACCAACCCGUGCUCUGGUCAUGGCGCCUGUGAUGAUGGCAAAACUGGGAGUGGUCACUGUCAGUGUGAUGCAAACUUCACCGGUACAGCAUGUGAGAAAUGUAUUCUUGGAAAAUAUGGAAGUAACUGUACAGGUGGUGAGUAUCUGUUUAGUUAAAAUGUUCCAAGCAACUUCCUUUUCUUCCACAGGGUUUUAGAUUUUGGCUGCACUGAAAAAUGAUUGUUUUUGAGGUUAUUACCACUGCAAUGUUUGCAAAAGACGUUGUCUUUUUUGUAACAGUGCAUUGUGCUGGCCUUUUUCUCUUACUUAACUUAAUGAACCUUCUAUAAUCAUUCAGAGACUCGUAUCACUGAAAAUUUUUAUUUUCUUGUCUUGUCAGAAUGCAAAUGCACUAAUGGAGUUUGUAAUGAUGGUAUUAAUGGCGAUGGAGGAUGUUUCUGUCAUCAUGGUUGGAAAGGACCUAUUUGCAAUACCUGUAAGUUCGUAUUUUCGAAACAAUUUGUGAUAAAACAAAAUUAGGAGAGCUUGCUAUCCUUUGCUGUAAAUCAUCUGUUUAAUUGCUCAGAAAAAAAAACAAACAAACAAACAAACAAAUAAACAACAGCAAGGGUUGGAAAUGAGCGCUUUGAGAUAAGCUUGCGUGGAAGAAUGUCACUUUAAUAACUUUCAGCUACUGCUCCCCAUGACACCUUUCUUGCUUGUAAGUGCUGUUAACAGCCUCUAUAGAAGUCUGCAUUUGACUUGAUUCAGGAAGUCUGUGGUUUAUCUUGGUAUUUUUGAAAGUUUGACAUAUUUAUUUUUUCAUAGCUGCAAAUUUUGACAACUGCCUUCCAACCAAUUGUAGUCGACAUGCCACGUAAGUACCAAACUUAAGGAUAUGGAAAACUUUUUUCAAGUCCUUUGUGAAGCAUUGCUGAUGUCCCAUAAACUAUUCAUCGGUGGAAAGGUUGUGAAACCUGCCACGCUGUUACAAUUUUGUUUCCGACUGUCGACCUGUUCGGAAAAUAAGGGCUUGUUCGAUCGAAACGAACAAUGUCUUUUGAAUAAUUGUUUAAGUAUUGAAUUUGAUGGGAGAACCGAAAUUUUUGUAUCCAUAGGUGACGAUCUGGUUAACAACAGUUUUUUGAUUGUGAAGUAUAAAGUAUAUCACUCAUCUUUCAAUUAUCAGUUCGUGAUUUUAUUUUAUCGUUUUACCAGAUGCCGCGGACCGAGUGGCAGUGGUAGAUGUGAAUGUGAUUUUGGUUACACAGGCAAUGGAACCUACUGCACAGGUCAAUUUUUUGCUCCAUCUCUUUAUUUAAUUCAAGGUUCUGCUGGAGUACUCAUGUAGAUGUUCAUUUUUAUUUACAGAAAGUAAUGCAUGCGCUGUCAACAUUGGUGGCUGUCAUCAAAAUGCCACAUGUGUUAAGAAUAUAACUCUGCCUGGCCUUAGAUCUUGCAAAUGUAAUGCAGGAUUCACUGGAGAUGGGUUUGUCUGCUUGGGUAAGUGAAACAUACUUUUUAGUUGAUUGGUGUAAGUUCCCAACAGAAUUUCAAUUUUAACUGCUUGAGUUCUCUUAAUUGCUUUAAUAGCAAAUGGGUAUGAUUUUUGGUUUUAUAACAUUUACACAAAAUGAGACCGGGAGAUUCGUUCUUUCUCUCGAGACUCCCAGAUAAGUUUGAGUGGUUGGCACACCUGCCACAACUAUCGAUCAAAACUACUGAUAUCUUUUCUUAAACAGAAAUAGAUCCAUGUCAGCGUAAUAAUGGUGGCUGCCACAUCAAUGCAACUUGCUUCAACACAGCUCCCGGGCAGGUGAGAGAUAAUUACUUAGUCCGGCGCCUGCAAUUCAAAACAGAAUUGUGUCAUUGCGUACAAUAAUAAUGAUGAACAUUGAUUGUUAUUUCAAAAGAGAAAUAUAAUCGUUUGUCCUAUGAUGGGGUCACUUCGGGUGUGGUUCGCGACGUUUCGACUGCAUACCGCCAAUCUUCUUCAGGCGAUGAGGUCGAUUGAGUACGCGAACUUAAUCGAAACGUCGCGAUCCACAUUCGAAGUUACCACAUCGUGAGACAAACAAUUAUAUUUCUCUUUUGAAGUGUUAUUUACCACGAUGAAUAACCUCAACCUAUUUUACGACAUAAAUUAUUAUUAUUGAUAUAAUCAGUCUUUAAAGUUACCUCUUAUCUUUUUAGAGAAACUGUUUUUGUAAAAAGGAUUUCUCAGGAGACGGUGUUAGCUAUUGUUUUGGUGUUAAUCCAUGUGAUGUGGUAAGUAACCUGGCUAAUCUUUAAUGUUGAUUUCAUCGAUAAGAACCUAGGAAAUACAUGUUUGCCGUUUAGAUUUCCAAAUUGUUUUGCAUGAUGGUAUUAGUUAUAUCGUUGCUGUUCGUUCAUUAUUGGACAUUUUGGGCAAAGUCUAAGGUGAAGUGAUAUUUCUUUCAUAUCUUAAUGUUGAAACCAUGAGUUGAAUAUAGUCAAGCCACUCUUUUCGGUUUUCUUGUUUCAAUUUUGGGGAUAAAAAGAUUAAAAAGUCCUCAUAGAAUCAUUGAAUUGUCAUAUCUUAUACAAUAUAUAUCAAUUUUUUUUAAAUCAAAGAUGGCAACUAUAAUGGCUAAUGACGAAAAUCAUCAUCACCCUUAUAAUGAUUGUCUUGUAGAGCUCAUCAUCUAGCACCACCCCUCUCCCUCUGUUUUUACUUAGGUUGUAGGUUCAGUGUUUAAGGGAGGGUGUGUAGUAACACAGAAAAACCUGUUUAUUUCCUAAACUUGAUCCUUUUGAUCUUGUUGUAUGGUUUUUGUCAGGGCAAUGGAGGGUGUAGUGACAGAGCUAUUUGUCAACAAGUUGGACCGCACCAAAGGACGUGCAAGUGCAGGAAGUUUUACGUUGGUGAUGGUAUCACAUGUAUUGGUGAUAUAUCAGAGGUAAUGACAAAAUACCCGUUGAACAGCUUGUUCAAUGAGAGAAAUGAGAAUACCAUUAGUAUGUAGAAAGUAAAUUUUACUAUGACCUUUGGAUGAGAUUCGAAAUGAUGUAAUUGAUCUUCUACUAUUUCUUGGGAGGUCAUAACAGAAAAAGAAGUCUAUAACACUCGAACUUUGAACAGGGAUUGAAUCGGUAUAUUCCUUCCAACUGAGCGUUGAGGCGGAAUGUAUAUGGGUUCCUUGUUUCUUGUCGAUGAAUACAUCAUAAAUUUUUGUCUGAAUUAAAUGAUAUUUUGAACUAAAGUGGACAUAAAAAGUCUUAGAAUGAUCUUCAUAAGUUAAUUGCUCAAAAUUCAUCGCAGAGAGAAAAAGAGGUUUGAAAAAAUUCAAGCUUUGAAAGUAACUGAGUGUAGUUUGUUGCUGACUGUUUUAAUUCUGACAAUUUGAUGGAGCAGUGCGAGUGAACCCAAAGUGUCUACCCGUAAUAGGUGUUUAACUCAUAGAGGUCAGAGGUCAGAGGUCAGAGGUCAGCUGCUGAUUCAAUUAAAUUUAUUGAUUCCUUUUUGUCGUUUAAGGCUCUAAAGCUUGAUCCCCAACUGUCAGGUGUGGACAUGCUACUCAGGGUGAGGCAAAAUUGGCUAUUAAUUUUCUUUUCCUUAAUUUCAUUUGGAAUCAUAGCUUAGGUAUAGAAUAAAUGAAUUCCGCAUCAUGUAGCCAGUAUGAAUGCUUUAAAUAACUUUCCUUUGGAACCGUUGUCCUCCAACCUUUUACUUUCUCUAUUACUCGAUAGAUUUUCCAUUGAUUGACUGUACUUGGAAUUGCCUAUCGAUCUUCCUGUAUGCCUAUUUGUCUGUCUUUUUGUCGUUGUUCGACUUUUCAAUGUGACUUUUCAUGUUCAACUUGAAUUGAAACUUUUCGUUAUGCUAUGAUGACUGAGAUGUUUGUCUUUGUGCGUGUAUUUUUCUUUCCAGAAAAAUGGUCUGGACAAACUGCUAGCUUCUCAUGGGCAUUUUAACCUUCUCGCUCCAGUAAAUGCUGCUUUAGGCAGUUUACAACCACAGUCUCGCAAGGUACUGAUAGCAUAACUGGCACACUUUCUAAUAAUUGUACGAGUUGUAAUACAUCGCCUAACGUAUUCAAUUCAAGUGCACAAACAUAAAUGUUCAAUAUUUUACAACCAGAACUGGACUGGACAGCACAGGGAAAAAACCUCCUUGGCCGUUAGUUUUUGGAAAAUUCUUACCGGCUUAGCCACAAGAGGAAGUGUCCAAAACAAAUGUUUUACUUAAUGCAUAUUGAUUUGGUUCCAUGAAAAAGUACUAAAAACAAUUGAAUUCAAGCCUUGAGAAAUUCGAGCUUCUCCGCAAGAUCCAAAUUUGUUUUAGGUUAAACUAAAUACACAUUUAAACAGGUUAGAAUUAUCCAGAAAUUUUCAUCUUUUAUUUAUUUGCAGCGUCGUAGUGUUCCGUCAUCAGCUGAGGAAGAGUUGAAUUUACUGAAAUAUCUUAUAAUUGGCUGUUCAACGAUUCCUACCGACACCAGUGAUGAUUAUGCAGCUAACUUUACUACUCUGCUUGGAGCAACUAUUUCAGUAAAAACAGAGGUAACUGUCUCUUGGGUUCUUAUCAAAAUGUUAAGUCAGUCAAGAGCUUAAAGUCCACCCUUCAGGAACUUAAAUCUGUUUCGAAGCUUGGACAGGCUCCUGUUGUUUGGCAAUAACCGCGCCCGAAUUAAUUCACCAUUUUCCUUUUUACUUUUUUUUAACUUUACUGCAUUUAUUCCAGGGGAACGUUACAUCGAUCAUCGAUCAAUAUGGCAACAUAUCCAGAGUAGUUGGAGUGUACGAGUCAUCAAAUGGCGUGAUAAUGAAACUGGAUAAUUUACCCACCCCACCCAAGUCUAUGGAUAACACAGUACAGGUAUGCGGUUUAACAUUUGGAAAUAAAAUUUUGUGAAGGCAGGGUGGCCUAGAGAGGAAGGAUCCCGACAUGCAAUACGGAGGAUUGGACCUCUUUUCUCCGCACACCUCUCUCCCCGCAAAUCAACAACCCGUUUCGCUAAAGACCUUGGUCUUCUUUUUUGCCCUUAGGGAUCUUAUCUCGACGUGGCUAAUAGACUUGGAUACAAGGAGUUUGUUAAACUGGUCAAGGUUUGUGAGCACUAAUCGACUCUUGCUUGGUGCUUUUCAGUUCUUUUUUGUUAAACGAUGUGAGGAUUUCUUUUUUUAAACCUAUCGUUUCAAUCUCUUUCAUUACCUUCUUUAGGUCAAAGCUUAGCAUGUUUAUUAACAGCUGUUUCGAGAAAGAUUUUCGGGAAAGAAAGCGUCAAAGCGCACGGCACAACUUCGAAAGGCAUUGUGGGUAGCUUCUAGCUCACGGUUUCAGGGAAAUCUAAAAAUAUUACUCUAGGGAAGACCAAACAUGGCGGGUUUGAAUAUUUCAUUUCUUAAUUUCAGUUAUUAAAAUUCAUUUAUUACCAGGUAACCUUCGAGUUUGUCGCGUGCACUUCUGUCCUUUUAUUCGACAACCUUCUUCGAAACAGUUGUUUACGAAAAAAAUGUAUGUUAUUACUUCACAGUUAGCAGGAUUGAAGAACAUCCUAGAUAUUCCAGUGAACAGAGCUGUUCUUAUGUUUUGGCCAACUGAUGAUGCUAUAAAAGCUGUGCCUGACGACUUAAGGGCACGACUCACUGAUCUUUCACAUCUGGCUCGAUUUGUAAAAUACCACGUUGUCACCCAAAUUCACGUAAGUUAAUCAGUAAACUUAAACAAAGAUUACAAAAUCUAACGCCCUGACGAAUGGUAAAUGUUCGAAGCGCCAGCUUUAGAAACUCUUUCCGAUAGACAAUUUACGUUAUCAUCUCAGUUGAUAGAACCAAAUUAUCUUAUCAUAUAUUGUCGACGCAGCACCACAGUUUCUUCAGAAUCUCUCCCACGUUAUACGUUCGUUAAAAUGUCAAUGGCUUAUAAUGAUGGUUUGAAAAAAUGGCAACAUUUGAAGUCAGAGAAAAGAUGCUUCAAUUCAUCUAUAACUCGUGUGUGCCUUUCAUCAAAUGAUCCACAAAGCAAAUUGAGUGGCAAAUUUUUAAAGUUUUUUUCUUAAAAAUUAGAAUGUACUUUUACAGGAUCACAAAUAGAUAAAGUAAAUCGUAUUUUUCCUGUAGGUGAAACAACUCGAAUCCAACCAAUUUACUCAAAAUCAAAGCUAACUUUAGCAGAUGACUUCCAUAUGUACUUGAAUGUAUACGAAAAGUCAAUUAAUGGUCGCUUGAAUCAAUUCUUUCUUCGCAGUCUGAUUUUAGUACUCAGUCCUUCUUGAGAAGUGGUGCAGGGUUAGAAUUGCGAACAUUUGGAGGAACUAGUUUAUUUGUAUCUUGCAAAGGAGGAAAGGUAAGUUAUAGUGCGUGGUGAAUCCGCAGAAAACUGAAAAGUUUUACUACACCUUUUUGUAGAAUAGAAAUUAAGUGCUCUUUCUAUUGGCUGACCCUGAAAAAGCGUAUUGUUCUGAAGUCGCCUUCUGCCUGCGAUCUAAUAUAUGUUCCUGUGUUCCAAACUUCCGCGCUACGAUCACGUCACGAUCUUAACUCUUUUCUGGGGCACGGCACGAGGACGAGAAGCAUUUGUUGAGGACGAUCGAAAGAAGUGAACGAAAUCACCAAAGUUUGGAGACUCGGGCCACCUUCCUAUUCUAAUAGAAUUCUACAAGGUUUGAUUCAGCUGUGAUGCUGUGAGCAGAAAUGAGAUGGUUGUCACUCUUAGUGGUCAAUGGGAUCAUAAUGCUUGAUCAUUAUCAGUAUCUGGGCAACUGCCCACCUACCCCUCCCCUAACCCAACAUUAACCCUAACUUGUUAUCAAUUGACUGUUGUUGGGUUAGGGGAGGGGUAGGUGGGCAGUUGCCCAGAUACUGAUAUUGAUCUCAUAAUGCUUGAUCAAUAUGCUCUCUGCUAAGUUUGUCUCUUAAUGCGGUCGAACAUUAGGGCACAGCGCACUAAAGGUGGCGGUUGCCUGUUUUAGUGUACCAGAUGGAAGCGAAAUUUAUCUCUGCAUAAAAUAAUUUGGGGUUAGAAACGAGUCAUUCCCAUUCCUUCGUUAUUUUUAGUACUGUCAUACAUCAUGGGAUAGUUAAAAUGACUCUUUUGCUUGUUUUUAUUGUAGGGCGAUCUUUACGUAAAUGGUGAAAGCAAGAUUGUUGCAAGAGAUAUACACUUCUUUGGUGGUGUGGCUUUCGGAGUGGAUUCAGCUCUUUUUCCUUUUGGAUUUGGAGGCAACUGUGAUGAGAUCAUGGACACUAAAAUUACGGUAUUAAGCGCUUUUUGAUCAGGUACUUAAAACCAAAAUCAAAGUAAUCGCAACGGCCAAUGAGAAGAAAGGAAAAUAUGACGAGGAACCAAUGAGAACUCAAAUAAAAAACAGGCAAAGGGCCAGAAGCGCGGGAAAAAAGGCUGUAACCGAGGCGUGAUUGGUUUUAGGUUUGCAGUAGAUUGAAGGAAUUAACAUUGUAAAGGGGAAAGGAAUGGGACUGCCUGGUGAGAAAUACGUGUUAUUUGGCCCUUCUUUUCACAGAAGUGUCCAAACGCUCUUCUCCAAGAUUUUAAUGUCUCUGUGUGCCCCUCCCUGACUCCAGUUUUCAUCCGUCCUCUUUUGCAAGAUAAUUCAAGCGGUUAGUUUCACCUCAAAGCGGCAACUGUGUAGUUUAAUUUAAGCUGUCUGGCUGACAAGUGUCUUAGUUUUCCCCUGUUUCAGGCUUUGCUUAAUUUCUGUAAAAUUCCUCAUCUUUAUAGGGUCAGUGUGGAAAUUGUUUUGUCCCUGUGAGCUGUCCACAAGAGACUACCCUUGUUGUGAGUAGUGUGUAACUAAUGUUAGUGACAAUGCUUUCCAAUUUCACCCUGUCGUGUGGUUUUAGUCAAAGUUCCGUUUUGAUUUUGCCGGAACUGGAAAAAUAGUAGUGCUCUUCAUUUUAUAAGAGCUGUCAUUAUUUAUUUUCUAUUUUUGCAAUCGGCCUAGAUCAGGAGGGGGAAAAAAAGGGUCAUCAUAAUAUUGGGAACUAAAGGAUUAUUUACCUCCCGAAAAAGGCGCCGGCAAAAUUGAAGGGACAAAAAAAAACCACUCGUUAAAUAUCAAGCGCUAAGGAUGUGAAAUGAAAAAAAAUAAUGAUCUUAAUUUAAGUUGAGAUUCAGCCAUUUAUCUUCAACACUGGCGAUGACUUCCUGGGAAUAAGAAUUGAACUAAUAUGUUGACAAUUUGAGGGAUCUUAAAAUGCGCCUCUAUCUUGCUCUUUCAGGGCGUAACUAAUCAUAACUGCACCUACAAUGGUGAUUUGGUAGGAUGUCAGCCCAUCUGUUUACAGCGUCAACGGCUGAAGAGAUGCUGUAAGAACUUUUAUGGACCAGAUUGCGUGGGUAAGGCAUCCUCUCUUGUGAGUGUGCUCUUUUGCUGUAAUUAACUGGGUAACUGUGUGGAUGUCUCUAAAAUUAUGUAACUGCGGUUCUAUAUUAUCAUAAUCAAAGUUGUCUUUCUUAGAUUGUUUGUUACGAUCUCUUAAGAAAAUGGAGUUUGGUUCCAUGGUAGUGAGCGGAGUUUGUCAGGCUUCGGAUCGCUUUUUUUUUUUUUUUUUUUUUUGCAUUGUUAUUCUACAUGGCGAGAUUAUAGACUAAAAGACUUUCACCUGCUAAGAAAGAAGUUUUAGGCGGUCAGGCUGCUGUUAAGAGAAGUAACUCUCUCGCUUGUCACGUAUGAAUCAUCGUAUCAUAUGGCUUUGCAAAACAGAAAUAGUUCCAUAUGCGCUUGCUACAAGAUCAACCACAACUGUACUAAGUCCACCAAUUCCAUCAACUCCACAAACUACAGAUUUCGAGGAGUUUCUGGUAACUUAGUCAGCGGAGCAUCGGAUCACACAAAGUAUGGGUCUCCGUCUCGAGUCCUUGAAAGGACUCAGAUUUUUCCUUGUUUCACAUCAUUGUUUUAGUCAGCCCUGCAACUCUAUCGUGUUUUAACACAGUUCUUGUACUCCUGACACAGCUUGCCCAGGUGGUGUUCAAUUGCCAUGUAGCAGGCGUGGCUUGUGUAUUGACGGGCUGACAGGGAGUGGCCAGUGUGUGUGUGAUGCGUCUUAUAACGGCACAGCUUGUGAACAAUGUGUGAAUAGCACUGAGUCCUGUCCAGGUACGUAAUGAUUCACUUCCUUUUCUACUCUACCUUUGACUCAGGAACGACCAAAAAAUUAAUAAUCCUUGCAAUUUCAAUACAUUUUCAAGCGAAAAUGGGAUGAGAAGAAAAAGGAACGUCAAAUAUGGGAUAACGCUAGAUUUAGCACCAAAUUCUUAGAAGAAUAUGUGUAAAACAAGAAAUUCUGGGCUAUCUCCCUUUACUUUUGAUGUAUGUAAGUAAUUAAGAAGAAUUUGUAAUUUUGAUCUGUUUUUUUCUCAUUUCUUUUAGCGCCAUCAGUGGACUGCGAGGCAGACAAUGGUGGCUGUCACGUGUUUGCCACCUGCAAUAAAACUGCCCCGAAUCGUUUGACGUGCUCGUGUAAACUCGGUUACCAAGGAGAUGGAUAUUACUGCCAAAUGAUUGACUCGUGUGCAAGUAACAACGGCGGGUGUGGUGAGAACGCAACCUGCUUGUUUACAGCACCAGUAAGUACCCAUAAACCACACCUUUGAAGACACAGUAGUUGCUGUCUGGUAUUUUGGCUUAAAUUGUUUGCUCCCGCACCGUCUCACACGGCAGCCUUAACCCUUUAACUCCCAUAGGCGACCGAGACAGAAUUUCUCCUUACAAUAUCAAUACAAUAUCAAGCAGACAAGUGAUGAGAAUAACGAAAAAUAUCAACAAGGGGAUUAUAAGUUGAUCCAAUAUCAAAUUCCCCAAACUAACAUCACGAGAAUUAUAUGGCAGACAGUAAAGAGAAUUACUAAUGACAUCUUGGGAGUUAAAGGGUUAAGCUGGAAAAUGCUGCCAUGGACUGUUAAAAAUGCCUUGUAUCGUCAAGAUUCGUUUGAGCAAUUGGUAAGCAAGCACCAUUUUUUUCUAAUACGUACAAGUGUAGUGAAGGAUAGAGAAGUUUCACAUGGACUACAAAUCACAAAAUUAACACAUGUAAGAAAAAUUUUCGAAGUCGCACAAUCUUAGAAGUGGUUUCCUUCAAUUUUACGAAAUAUAAUUUUAACCUCUUUUUGGGUUUCAUACCAAGCCCUGUAGUGUCUCUGUGUCGUUUUUCUUCGGUUUGUGGCCGGUUCUGCUGUUUUUGCCCUCGUCUUGGUAAAAAAAGGAAACUCAUUCUCCAGUAACUGACCAAUCCAGUCGUAUCAAACGCUACUGUGAUUUUCUGGAAAUUAAGGUUAACAUUUCUUUUUCAGGGACGAAAGCGCUGUGUAUGUAAAGCAGGCUUUUACGAAGUAGGCUCCAGUUGUCGUGCUCACCGGCCAAUGUCGCCCUGUGCCAUAAACCAUGGCGGCUGCUCUGUUCAUGCUGACUGUACUGAUAACGGUAAAGUACAACAAUGUGCACUCUAUAUCCCCCCCUAGGCAAAAUUGUGCGCACUUGGCUCAGCCAGACAGUUGCGUCUCCUUGUGAGGAACCACGGGUUGGUUGUCAUUUGAAAACCGAUGUCAACCAGGGCUGUCAAUGAGUUGAAAAAGAGAAAGCAAAGAAGAAAUAGGGGGUAGCCAGAUUAUCGUGGACGCCAUGUUUUUUUUUUGGUCAGCUCACGUGUAAGGCUGGGAAUUAUUCAGUUAAAAUGUCCUAGGCGUCCCACGUACUUGCUCAAACUCUCAAGCAAAUUCUGAACGUGGAAUCGAUUGAUUCACUUUUCUCAGUUCGACAGUUCCUUAGCUAAAUUCAGUUCUCAUUUCAUUAUAAUUUUGUCAUAUUGAAAGACGUGCUGAUUUCUUUUUGAAAUCAGUUCAAAUAAUGUUUUAUUUCAUGUUGAAUUGCAGGCCAGGAGGCCAGCUGUGCCUGCCGUCCGGGUUUCACUGGAGACGGCUUUUCUUGUGGAGGAACCAUUCUACAGGUAAGCAGAUUUUUUGUCUUUUUAACCCUUUCCACCCCUCCCCCCUCCUCCUUCACCCCUUGUCUUUUGUGCCUUGCCUGAUGGUCUCUAUAAUAAAUUCCAAUAUCCGUGGAUCUGUGCGCCUUGAACGUUUCCCAUUUUGGACAGGAUUAUGUUACCAUGAUGUCGACUUCUUAUGGCAAGUUUUGUAUCAUUACAGCCAAGUUAAGAUUUUCCUUAAGUUGAGUUUUUGUCUUUUCUUUCAGGUCGUCAAAGAAACUCAGAGUGCCACUGAAUUCUACAAGGUAUCACGUUUUUCCAAGGGCAAUAUAAUCUUUCGUAUCAUUCUUUACUCUGAAUGGCCUGUUAUAAGGAGGAGUUAGUUAACGUUAAAAUCUUACGACCAUACACGGGUUCACCAUUUUGUUAUUUAGGCUUUCCUCUGGUCUAUUAUCCACCCCUCGGAAGAAAUUUCUUUCUUUUCGGAACCAAAAAUCCAGGAUGGCCAAACUGAGUGCUCGCUAGUCAGAAAUACGUCCCCAAUCUAGCCAGAAAUGGAGUGGUUGUGUAUGGUUUUUAAUGCGAUAUUGUAUUAGUUGUGAACUUUCAUUUGUUCAGAACAGAUGAAGUAGUUAGCUCUAUGAUAUAUCAAUGGUUUGCUUUUUGUUUUGCUGGCAAUUCCAGGUGCUCUACCAACUGAUUACUUCCAGCGCACAAGCGACGACUUUAUACCAAGACCUGGCAUCGUUUUCAAAAUCCUUCACAGUGUUUGUGCCUGUCAAUAGUGCGGUUCACUACAAGGUGACAGUCAUCUCAAUGUUUCUUUAGAUAGUUUUCCUUAAAUUCAUCAUAGUUACUGUAUCUCAUAAUUACUCUGAGAAGUUUCAGGAGAAAAUGGAAGAAAAUUUUCUCCAAUUUUUUUCUUAUUGUUACAGAAAUUCACGCUGUAUUUUAUGAAGAAUCACAUUGUGUCAGGAAGGCAUCCAUUGAACAACAUAAAUGACGACUUAACGAUGACAACGUUGGCUGGGACUACACUGCACAUCAAAAAGCUGAGAAAUGUAAGAUUUACAAACUAGACGAGUGUUCCUAACUUCUACAGAUUAACUUGUUUGGCGAGUAUUAGCGCGGUUAUAGUAGCCUGCUGUAUAAGCCAAUGAUAAUUAUGAAAGGUAGUGUGGUAAGGUUUAACCAAAUCGACCGUAGCUCUUCUUUUCAUUGCUCUAUACUCCAUGGGGCAUUCGCAUGCGCAUUAUUUCCACGCGCAACUGUCCCGCAGAGGUUGAGAAAUGCCGGGCUUUUCCUAGUUGCUAAAGAUCGUAAGAGAGUUUUGCGUUUUGUGAUCCAAAGUGUAAUUUUCUCUGUAAUGUAAAAAUAGAGCAUUUCCCGGUGCUAACAAAGAAGGUAUCCUCGGAAAUGAGGAUAAAUAAAAUGCUCUCAUAAUUCAAGUUACGAAACAUUAGGGCAUGCUUUCUAAUUUAGAGUUGCGUCUAACUUCAGGCGAGGCGAUAUAAAUUGUGUUGUUUCUGGAGAAUACUUCCCCUUUUAGUCCAGGCUGAGUGACACUCUGGACCACGACUUGGGACCACAACUGCAUUCAUGAGUCGUUGCUAAUAAUUCAGAUGCUCUCAUCGAUUGAUGCCUAUAUUAGAGGGUUUUGUGUUAUAAUAGCCCUUGUUUUUUUAUUGAUACUUAGGGAGAAAUAGUCGUGAAUGGUGUCGCUCAUAUCAAGGGAGACAUCCCUGCAACCAAUGGUCUCCUACAUUUCAUCGAUCAGAUGAUACCAGUAAGUAAAUAAAUGACUUAUUGACUCUGAUAUUAACAAAUAUCACCAACAUAUGUAAGUGAGGGAAAGUGCAAAAAUGAAUUCAUUUACGAUUGUUGCAUGAUUUUUAAAUUGUAUUAAAUUGUAUUCAAUACAAUUUCGAUCGAAAAAUGGCAAAAAGUUGAGGACUCUAGAAUUUAAUUACUGUCUAGAAAUAGGCUUUUGAGGAUAACAAUUUGAUAGUUAAUAUAUAAUGACAGUUAUCAGGGCCACACCUUUAGCAAAUCCCCUGCAUUUGAUAUUUAAACAUAAUUUUUUCAUAGUAUGUUGGACCUCCUCCACCUACUACCCCAGUGGAACCAACAAAACGAACAGAAACCCCAGGAAAACCAACCACGGUAUGUUUCAGUCACGUUUUUUACUCAUGUCGAAGGUAAAAGAUCCACUUUCUAGAGUCGAACUCGCAUCUAACUGAAUUAACGUGCCUCGUGUUUUUAACGUUUUCAUUGCAUUUACAGAAAAUAACAACGAAAGAAACUACAGCUUCAGCAGUUGGACCAAAGGUAAUGAUGUUUUUGAUAAGGGGGGAGAGGGUUGGGGCGAUUAAAGUUGGUCACUUACAGGCUCAAGCACACCUCGCGAUAUGGAAGGGAUAUCUGAUCUCUAUCCAUCAAUUCUUUCCUUUAAGAAAUUCCAUAAUUUUUCACUUUAAAAUUGUUGCAAUUUUUCUACACCCCCCAGUUUGUUUCAACGUUUAUUCUGUCGAGGAUCAUGGGUCAAUGGAGAUAUUUUUUACUCAAGUGAAAUUUGUAGAGGCCAAAACUUCAGACAUGCAUCAUGAAGAAAUAAUUUUAUUUUACACGCUCAUAGUGUCAGCUUUCCUUUCACAAAUACGCUUUCGUUACUUUUUCCAUACAUUUCCCAUUUCAAUGUGUCGGACCACAUUUUGUCCUUAUUCUUCGUCAAAUAGCUCCUUUUAUUCUUUGAUCUUCACAAAUGCCAUUCUUGAAAGUACACAAGGUAACCGAGUGUUAUGUAGAAUUCAUCAGUUUUCAAGACUGAAUGCUGACAAUUUUACCGGUGUUUGCCGUUACUUUUUUUCAGUCGGGAGGUGAAAGUGCUGCAAGAAAGGAGGUACUGCUUUUUUUUUUGUUAAUGUUGUUUUUGUUUGUUUGUUUGUUUUGUUUGUGUUUUUUAAAUUUCAUGAAGUUUCUAGUCUAGGCUUGUGAAAUCUUAUGUUUUUUUCUUUCUUUCUUUGUUCUUUUUUGUUUUGGAAGAGAGAUGGUAUUGGUAGAGGAGCUAUUGCUGGUAUUAUCAUUGGCAUCAUAAUAUUUGUGAUGUUGAUCGCUGUUUUAGUUUACUUUGCAAGAAAGAAUGGCUUCCUUUCCCGCCGAGCAUUUUACAAAAAGGUAAUUGAACUUUGGUAGGGAGAAAUUAACGAAACUUAGAGCCCAAAAUCAAAUUCUUCUUGGCUUCUUCUUUAGUUUUGAUAGUAAUCUGGGAUCGUAAUUUCUUUUCCUUCGCUCUGCACUGAAAUUGGAAGAAAACACUUGCGUCUCUUUUCCCAUGGGAGAUCAAGACAGAAUUUCUCCUUACAAUAUCAACUCAAUAGCAAGGAGACAAGUGAUGAGAAUAAAGAAAAACAUCACUCAGGGAAUCAUUAGUUGAUCCGAUACCAAAUUCUCCAAACUAACAUAAUAAGAAUUGUACAGCUGACAGUAAGGAGAAUUACUAAUAAGAUCUUGUUAGUGAAAGGGUUAACCAAUGAAAUUCAAAUUUAAAACCAUGGGGGACUAAAUUAUCUGACCUUUUCAUCCUUCAGGCUUCUUUCAUCUUUGUGAUGUUCGUUCUUUGUUACGACAAAUACUUUACCAUGCAAGAAUUGCUGUUAAUGUGAAUACUCUUAGAAGUAUAAUAGAAAAAUUAAACCUUACACCGUUUAUUUAUCGCUAAACACCAUAAUAGGAAUUUGUUACUGUGCCCUGCACAUGAUUGUUUAUAGUCUUUUGUACUUAUGUAAUUUUCAUUAUUUUCAGUAUUUCGUAAUUGCACGUGCGCACUGUAAACGAGUAUACUGAAUGCUCCUAGGCGUUAUGUAGAUAAAUAAACUAUCUAUCUAUUUAUCUAAGUCCAAAGCGCCUUUUUAGUCCACGUAUCUCGUCUUCGUGAAAUAGUUUCUUGUUUUUUCUGUUUCUUAGCAAGCGGACACCGUUCAGUUUAGUAACGAAGCUUACAACGAACAUUCUAUGAUGUCAUUUGAUAAUGCUCUGUUUCAUAACAUGGAGGAUCCCUUGCAAAUGCCUCCACUGGAUAUACCUAUUGACGAUAAACGGCCUCUACCACAGGUAUGAUUAGGGGGUACUGUCACUGUUAUGAGCUGAAGAAAAAUUUGAUGCCAAGCUGUAGUUCAUCGCAUAUUUGACGGAAUGAAGUUUCUGGGUGUGCUGUCAGUUUGAUAUUUAUUGUGUCAUUCUUAGUAGUAAUACCCGGCGGUAUAGCGGAAAACCAAAAAAAAAAAGAGCGUGGUCACGUGGGAGGGGUGUGGUCACGUGAAUACACCUUCCCACGUGACCACGCUCGUUUUUUCGGUUUUCCGCUACACCGCCGGAUAUUACUACUUUUCUUUCUUGAUUAUAGGUUUAUCUGCUUUUUCUUAUUCAUGCACUUAUCUCUUCAUUUAUUUAUUUAUUCAUUCAUGUCAUAAGCAUUUUCGAAAGAAAAGAAAUGGUAAGAAUUUUCGGUAACAUUGCAGUGUAAGAACUGUAUGGAUUGCUAUUUUGAUUUCUGUUAUGAGUAUCUUUUGUAAAUAAUAUCUUUCGCUUGUAAAGACUCGUUUGAUUCACGUUAAUAACAUUUGUUUGCAGGAUUCAGGAGGAGAACACAUGGAUUUUGCCAAUCCACUCUAUCGUGAAAUGUCUGGCUUAGACCUGCCACAAAAUCCAAAUGACAUAAUUUUCUUGCCAGACUCUAAUACGGUACGUUUCCUGAUUAAACUAGAAAAAUUCAGGGGAUACUAUAACAACUACCAAAUGUUGCUGCAGUAGUUUGUGUUUCUUGGCCAGGGUUAUUAGCGGCUACCUGUUGUACCCUGUGCACCAGAUCUCCGUUUCCUUGUAUCUAUGAAGCUCCCCUUUGUACAACCAGUCAAGUAAAAAAAGUUUUACUUUCCUUUCCUUGUCGAUGUUCUACUGUUUGAAAACCAAUUACGUAAGAUUUUUGGAAAAAUUUCAGUGAUCUCCAACCUGAAAAAUUGGCUCCCAAAAAAUACAAAAAUCACCGAUCCACAAGAAAUGAAAAUUCCCGCGAGGGUUUAAAUGGUGAACGCCAUAAAUUUGGAUGUAGAUUUUACUUAGUUUUUUUAUUCAUUUCUUUAUCUGUUUUUAUUUUCUUCUUCGUUAUUUUUGCAGGCUUCAUCUGAUACGGGUGUCAAAAAUUUUUCCAACCCACUCUACGAUGGGAAAAGGACUGUAAAGGUAAACGUAUGAAAUAACCGCUAACUUCGAGACCCAAGAACUUUUAUAACGUACGGCGCCAACCACUGGUCAGGAAUGGCCCGUCAGACUGGUUCAUUUAAUAUCAAGUUUUGUAAUGGUAUCAAGCAUAAAUUUUCCUUAAUAUUUAGUGGAAAAUCUCAAGAAAAAAGAAAAGUCAUCUUAAAAUUUGCCGGUUUGUUCGUUUCAGUCCCAGCUUCUGAUUCAAAGUGUAUUAGGAUGUCACGCAACGACCCUUCUCGUUUGUUGCGUGACAACCUUGAAACUGCUGCCAAGGUGACUAUCAUGCAGCACACUUGAUUACGCACAGGCAGAAGAUAUCCCAUAGUUUUGGCAGAAAAACAACUAAAUAAAUGCGUUUUUGAUGCUAUUUGUAUUGCCAUCCGGUUGCCGUGUUUACCAUCUCACAAGGGGUGAGUGGGGGGGGGAGGGGGGAGGAGUUCACUCCUUUUCUUUCGCUAUUUGUGACAAAGGUCCUAAAAGGUCAAGAUCCUCCGUUUCUUUUGUCGGGGACACUUCCUUACCCACCCUUACCCUGGUACGCUCCCAACCCACCCACCCCUCUCUUACCUCAAGAUCUGGAUCCACAACUAAAUCAACUUUUUUGUUGUUAUUUCAGUUUAACCUAGACCCCAAGUAUCUUCCAGGUGAAGAAGACACCUGUAAGUAACCAUUAAGAGUCAGAUACGGGUACACUCUGUUAUCCCCAACAUGUGAUGGUAUCAUGGAGGGUUUUUAUUAGGAGAGAUUCGUCAUAUCUUAACCCUUUACACCCUAGCAUCAGUUUGUAUAUUCUCCAAACUGUUCUUUAUACAUUUCCUAAGGUGCUGAUGAAGAGAAUUCGUUUGACAAUCAAGAGCUUCUUUAGUUGUGGAUCAUUUCCUUUAUUCUCAUGAUCUUAAUGUGUGAUUCAGGUGUGAUGCUGCAGAGAGAGAUUAGAGUCCAGUCUCUCUUAGAGGUUAAAGGGUUAAACUCAAAGGAUACAAACUCACACUUGAAUAAGAGAGAGGAAAAAAAAAAGAAAUGGUAUCGUACUGUUAGGCAGCUCUUGUUCGAGCACUGGAUUACAUAAGCAAAUUAAAACGGUUUUGUAGAAAAAUAAAGAGAAGUCAUUCACUUACAACAAUCAUUUGUGGGAAUAGGCCUUCUGAAAAAAUGUUAUUUGUAAUUUGGUUCUUAGCGCAAAAAUGGCGCAAUUAAAAAAACUGUGAUUCAAUUUUUCGAUACCUAACUUGUUGCUUCGUUGCAUUUUAGGCUAAGUGAGCUGUUUGGUUACACGAAGAUAAAAGUGGUGAGUUCUUGUUUUUUCUUUAAAAGUUUUAAAAAAGCAAAUGUUAGUAGGUCGCUAAAUUUAACAAUCACAGAGCGCAUAUCAAAAAAUAGAUAUAAUCUCUUAUUCUUUUUAUUUUACUUUCCAGGUUUUUCCGCUUUCGCUGGUUACAAUUCAAGGGACAUCUGGAGGGAUAGAUAUAUUUUUUAUGCCAUUAAUAUCGCUACGUUAGUUUAGUGUUUGUAUGUUUUUUGUCUGUUCCUUUUUUUACUAACACUUAAACGUCGUGUAGAUCUUUUUGUUUUUCUUGAGUGUGUGUGUGUUUUCUCCCCGUCAGUCAUGCAAACCCUGGACUACUUUUCUGCACACUGCCUCAAAUGGCGGCAACCCCCACAUGUUUUGAUAAGGGUGUGUAAACACGGAAAAAGUCCUCUUUUGCAUAAAUGUGCUAUUUCCCCAAUCACUCAAUUAGCUCUAUAUUUCUUUCUUGCUUAUUAACUACUUUAUUUUUUCGGGCUGAAAUAACGCGUGGCUUGUUAACGCUCUGCAAGGAUUAUCAAAUUUUAAAGAUGCUAGUCUCGGUUCUUUACAAAUUUUUUAAUUUUUUUUAAUGUUGACGAAAGUGCCUAAGUAAUUACUUUUAUUUUUUUGCGAGGAUACUGUCGCACUAUAUUUAAAAAAAACGAAACAAAACAAAACAAUAGCAAUUAAUGCAGAAACCGAGCCUUACAAGGUUAAAUACAACCUGGGGAAGUAUACUAGAUCCAAUGUUACAAAAUUGUAGGGUCGCGACGCUCUAGGAAGCCAAUAAUAGCUAACUAUCAAAAUUAAGGAGGCUGGUUGCCUAGGGAAUAGGAAGAGAAUGUUAGGGGCUUUCUAGAGGGGUUCAAAAUUGGUGUCUUGUAAGAAAAAAAAAAGUGUAUUGCAUAUACAGCACGAUAGGAUUAAGCUGAUAGACCGAAUCUCCGUAUACUUUCAAUCUUGUAUCAAAAGUCAUCCGGGAUUUUGAUUUAUUUGCUUUCUGACCUCUGCGUCGGCCUAUUUGGCGAUCCGGGAUUGGUUAUUGGGAGAUUCCCCUGGGUUAAAAAUAACUCCAAUGGAUUCCUUUCGGAGUGACCGUUAUUCUCUUAGCUUGAUUCCAUUAUGCUGUCCAACGUCUGUUUUUGAAAUAUUUUGUAAAGCAAUGUCAGGUAUGCCUGUGCCUUGACUUGGGAAAUUUUUGUACACUGAGUUAAAUUUGUCACUUGGGGGUCAUGAUUUUUAAAGUACUCGCUGUUAAAAUUUUUUAAACAUUUUACUUGACAUGAACUAGUGGUAUUAAUAGUAUUUUAAUGGUAAUGGUAUUAAUUAUAAAAAUUAAUAUUUUUUUAACGAAUUUUACUCCGAAGUUGAUUGAAUUUAGUAUGUUUCUAUUGAAAAAAAAAGGCGUUGAUUACUGAUUUCAUCGAGGUUAAAAUGUAUGACUUAUACAGAAACAUGUUUAAAACGAGUAGAAAAAGGGCAAAAAAGAGUUUGUUAAGUUCACAGAGCCGAUACGACUCAACAGAGGUUUGACCCUAGAGGGUUGGUAAUUUGUGGCAAAGAUGUAGUAAUUCUGUUUACUGUUUGGUUUACAAUUCUUAUGAUGUUAGUUUAGAUAAUUUGGAUUUGGAUCAGAGGUAUAGUUUAGCAAUGAAAUUCAUAUUAUUCAUAGGUUUAUGAAAGCUACAAGCAUUUAAGCUUCAAAUCUGUAAAAUAAGUGGGUAGAUAAUGAGUAUAGCUUACUCUUAGUUAAAAAAUAUUAAGUCAAAUCCAAGGUAGAUGUUAAAUUUAUGUUUUUAUUGAAUUGCUUCGUAAACUCAAUCGUAGAAACAAGAAAUAAAAUUACGUUCGCAUUGUUGCUCUUCAG